AUGGCGAGCAUAGCGUCGGGUAGUGCGUUACCCAUCUCAGCGUCAGGACAGGCGCGUCUGUCAGAACCGGUAGAACGUCCCAAUCACUUGAACAUUGUCUCUCGUGCAGAGAUCAAACCGUUGCUGAAAGCGAUGCGAAAGGUUCCAGUCGUCUCUAAAUUGAGCGAGAAACCUAACGCUAUCUGCGUCAUCUCUCCGCGACAAGUCCAGGACAACUUCAUCUCUUCCAAGGUCGUUGAUCGUCUUGAACUCACUACCCGCUCCGAUAAUGCGAUGGUAAAGUCCAUCGUAUGGGACUCGAAGCGUUUCGUUUCUACCGGUGGCUUCGUGGAUCUCUCGUUUCCCGUGCCUGGUAGCGAUGCUUGCGUCGCGCGACGUCUUUACGUUCUGGACGACCCACCCUUUGACACGCUUCUCGGGAACCUUGCAAUGCGCUUCUCCUCUAUACACAGUCAGAAGACUCUGCUCAAAUAG